AUACUAUAUACAACAUGAAUAUAUAUAUUUAUAUAUACACACAUAUAUUUUUCUUACAAAAGAUAAACAGUCCCACAGUAGUGUAUUGCUUGAAGCUAUAUUCAUGCUUACUAUGUUUGACUACUCUUUUCAUAAUUUUGUAACCUCAAUAAUUUUAUUCUAAAAAGUAAAGUUAAGCUUUAUAAAAAUCUUUACCUGCCAAACAAAGAAUAAAAAUAAAACCUCAUGAUUUCCUGCAAGUAUUUAUUUAAAAAAAAAAAAAAAGCAUUCAUGGCCACUGGCAAAUACAGCUCUAAUUCCAUUGGUGAAUAAUUUUGGCUGACUUUAUACAAGUGUUCAACGUUCAUGGAAGUGUUAAAUACAAUUAGAUUACAAACUCCUCAAUCUCAAUCUUUGAAAUCUUUAUUACUAUUAAGUUACAUCUUACACUUAAAAGCUUUCCAGAUGAACGUAUUUUGGGCAUGAAUGGGUUAACCAGCCUUCAAAUGAGCUCUAAACUUCACGAGGGUCUGUAUGCAUCUGAAAUAACAGUGUUUGUGGCAGUCCAGCACGCACUCUUGAGCACUGGCAGGGCUGUUCAGGGCCGGAGAGUAUUAAUAACCCGGGAAAUGACAGAGGCAAGAAAAGCCACAUAGCCCGUGCAUUUGAAGUGGAUUGGUGCCACUGGGCUGAUGAGCAUGUUAGGGAAUUCAGUAGAUCUGCAGGCCAUCUCCACCCUCUCUCUCUGCUCACAGCAGACUCAAAAAGUCCUUUCUAGCUCUUUUAAUUACCCUGUAACCCAGCCCAGUACAGCCUCUCAUUUUGCUCAGACCUCCUCCAGUAUUUAAGAUCCUCGCCAGCAUCCCUCUCCUCUCCAGCCUCAGGACCAGUUUACUGCAAGAUUGAUCCACAACAUUCCUCUACUGGACAAGGAACUCAUAAGUUGGCAAGAUGUCUAUCGCCAACACGGCCGCCCAAGCGAUGCUCUCCGAUGCCCUGCUGAGGGAUAGUAACGGGGACAGUCGCAUCCGACACCUGGAGCUGGAUUUGCCAUUGGAUAAAGUCAUCAAGUUCAUUUCUGUGGGCCUGCCGCUCCUUCUGGUGUCCAUGGCUUUUGCCAGAGAGAUUUCAAUCGGCCCACAGAUUAGCUGCUUUCCUCCCAACAACUUCACAAUAAAGCAGGCAGCAUAUGUGGAUACGUACUGCUGGGACUCGCUCAUGCACCAUGAGUUCGACACAGAUGGGAACUUUGAAGAACGUUCACUGUGGGUACAUAAAAUGUUUCCGUACUCCUUAUUGGUCAUGUCCAUGAUGAUGUACCUGCCGGCUGUGAUCUGGCGGUAUCUAGCCGUGCCCAGUCUGACCUCUGACCUGUUUUUCAUCAUCGACGAACUGGACAAGUCUUACAACCGCUCUGUCCGCAUGGCCCAGAGCAUCCUGGACCUAAAAGUACAAUCAGAAAACCCUCUGCAGUUUCAGGCUGAGCUUGAGAGAGCCAAGCGCAAGCGGUACUUUGAGUACCCCCUGCUGGAGAGAUACAUGCAGUGCAAGCAUGGCUCCUACUUCCUGGUCAGCAUGCUCUUCCUGCGAGGCUUCCUGCUCCUGACCUUCAUGUCCGCCUCGUGCCUGUACCUAAUCUACUUCCACCUCUCCGCCUUUCUGCAAGACGAAUUCAGUUGCUACGUGCGCACCGGCCUCCUCCGUGACCAGCCCUGGGUGCCUGAGCUAGUUCAGUGUAAAAUGACUGGCCUACUUGUGUUCCAGGUCAUUAGCGUAGCUAACGGUGCCGUGUAUGUGCUGCUAGCUCCUAUUGUUCUCUUCAGCCUGCUGCGUUUGUUCUGCUGGGACACAACCUUCCUCUCCCUUUACGAGGUGCUGCCCGGAUUGGGGCUCAUGAGCGGUCAGAAACUGGGCUGCCCACUGAAUGAUCUCAACGUGCUGCUCCUCUUUCUACGCGCCAACGUGGCGCAGCUGCAAUCGUACGGCCGCCUGAGGGCUGUGUGCUCCCUCGCGCCUCCUCGGUUAAAGGGUGGGCUGACGGUGGAGCAGGCGGAAGAGGCGGCGGAGGCCCGAGAGGAGCUCGAGGAGGAGAUGAGAGAGGCCAGAGAGGAGGGAAAGCUCAAUCUUGUAGACAUCAUGACUGUGCUGGGAGCAGCCAAAGGAAACGCAGUGAACUGUCCCGAGCAGCGCCCUCUUGUGGAACAAGACAUGACGCUUGAGCCUAACCAGCAGGGGUACCAUGAGUUGAAGGAGACUACAACAUGUUGUUUUGCCUAAAGCACCAGCAAUGGACUGAAGCAGCACUGUCAUACUCUAGAGACCCCUGUAGAACUGCUAAACCUCUGAGAUCAAAUAAAGAUGAAGAUCCAAUAGCUCCUCUUUUAUAGUUCAUUAAUAUAAUCCCUAUGGAUCUCUUACACAAAUCACCUCAGGAAUAAAAACCCAAAGUCUGUAUUGACAAUUUGAAAAGCCUCCAAAAACUUGAUUUGUAUAUCUUUAUUUAUUAUUUUCAUUCGGAUUAUCUGAUGUGAGUGGAUUCUAUACUUCUUUGAAAACUGGAUUCUUUACUUGACGUUUCUUUACUUGAAUAAAAAUAGUUUAUAUU